AUGCCCUCCUACACAACACCAACCUCACGCCACCACGCCCUCACAACCCGCGACCCCUCCUCGCACAACGCCUUCAUAUACGCCGUAAAAACAACACGCAUCUAUUGCCGCCCCACCUGCCCGGCGCGGCUCGCCCGCAGAGCAAAUAUCCUCUUCUACAGCACGUGGCGCGAAGCCGAAGCCGCGGGGUUCCGCGCGUGUAAGCGCUGCAAGCCCAACGUCGUCGACGUGCUUGAUGACAAUAGGCAGGGGCAGGCGGUGAGGAAGGCGUGUGAGCGGAUUGAGGAGGCGGUGGGGAGAGGGGAGGAAGGAAGGGUGAGGUUGGGGGAGUUGGCUGGUGCGGUGGGGUUUACGCCGAGGUAUUUUCAUAGGAUUUUUAAGGAGAGGAUGGGGGUUACGCCUAGGGAGUGGGUGAGCAAGGUUGCUGGGGACAAGAGGAGGGAGGAGGGUGGGGGGUCUACGGGGGUAGUGGAGAUGGGUGAGCAAGCGUGGGUUGGAGAGAAGUUUGAUUUCAGUGAUUUGAUUGAUUUUGGGGCGGAUGCGGAGACGCGAGAUUUUGACCAUCUUGCUGGGCCUUGGAAUCAGUCUUUCAUUAUGGAUCCGGAGCUUAGUCUCGAUGCGAAUGGGCUUUCUCAGCCUUGGAGUGCGUAUGCGCCGGCUCAAGCGAUCUCGGGCUUCUUUCAGCCUAUGCCAGAUGAUACAAGCUUCUGUGAGAAGACUAUGUCAUUUACAUCUACACUCGAGCUAGAUGCUUCAGUGCUGCUCAACUGGGAUAACAUGGCAAACAUGCCACAGCGACAGUCCUCAUAG